AUGCGCCGUACACUCUUGUUCCCAAUUCUCGCCGCCUCAGCCGGCGCCUUCCUGAUCCCGUCUUCCUUCCACUCCUCCAUCCUCUCCCGCUACCUUCCGACCUCAAACGCAGCGCCCCUCCUCCGCGAUCAAUCCCAUCAAUCGCCCAUAAUGCCAGUCCUUCCUCCAGGCACACCCUCCACAUCUGAUGACAGCGCUGCCGAUCUGACCAUCAGCGACAUCCUCCCGCUCUCCCGUAGCAUCAACAUCUUUGCGCAGCUGACUCGGGACAUCGCUUCCGUGACGACCCGCCUCUCAACGAAUACGCCUGCAUCGAACACAACGCUUCUUGCGCCUCUGAACAGCGCAAUGCAGGAUCUGCCGAGGAAGCCAUGGGAAGAUCGGCCUGGCGAAAGCAACAGUGGCGUGUCGACGCAACACAACGAGGAGAAAGCUGCAGAGAACCUCAGACGCUUCGUGGAGAUGCAUGUCGUGCCGGUGAGCCCGUGGGAAGAGGGCGAGGAUGGGAAGGUGGAGACGCUUGGUGGUGACGAGGUUUGGUGGGAGUGGCGGAAGAGCGAGGAUGGGGACAAGAAGACGAGGGUUAUCAGAGGGAAGGGUUUUGAGCUGGAGGUCAGCGAAGUAAUGGGGCGGGUGGGCAAUGGGGAGGUCUGGGCUGUGAAGGGUGUCGUCAACUAUAAGUGA